AUGCGCGCUCUGUUUCAUCCUGGAGGCCUCGGGAGCCACGGGAGUUUAUUCUGGAGUGGGAGGGUGAUGGGGUCGCACCUGAGCUUUAAGGAGGUCGGUAGAGGAUGGACUGAAGCGGGGAGGCCAGUGAGGAGGCCGCUGCAGCGGGCUGAGCACGAGCCCAUACCCUGCACCGAGAUGGACUGGGGUUGGGAGGAAGGAGGUGAGAUGGGAGAGAUGGAGGGAGGAAGCGAUGAGAACCGUGACGCCCCUGGGCAGAAACGUGGGCGUUGCGAAGAGGGUUGGACGGUGAAACUGAGGCCCACGACCUCAGCUGGAGCAGGCCCCGCCUCCCUCUUCGCCCGGGAGGUACAGCGGGGCGGGGCGGGCGAGGCUGAGGCAGUUGCUAUGGAGACGGCCGUUAAGCGGAAGGGGGUAGAAAAGGAGCCAAUGGCGGUUGGCUUGCGAGAAGCGGAGAGUUCUGGGAAUUGUAGUCUUCGUUUGGUCUUGGCGCAGGCGCACUGCCCAUCCGGACGGGCCCAUUUCCGGAGGAGACUGCAGCCGCGAGGAGGCGGCUCCCAGGUGCUCAGCCCGGUGCCCUGGCUCUUCGGCCAGGUAUUGAGCUGGAGUGGACAAGACUCACUUCCUGGCGGUGGCAUACAUUCAGAAUCCCCAGUGAAGGUCCCAGUCAGAGAGAUGAUAUCGUUUAAUAAGAAAUCAGUGACAUUCAAGGAUGUGGCUGUGGAUUUCACUGAGGAUGAAUGGAGACAGUUGAACCCUACUCAGAGACAGCUGUACAGGGACGUGAUGCUAGAGAACUACAGAAACCUCAUUUUUCUAGAGGGAGGAGAAGAGCCAUGGAUGGUGGAGAGAGAAAUCCCAGGAAGCAUCUGUGCAGAUUGGGAGACUAAUCCUGAAGCCAAGGAAUUGGCUCCAAAGCUAGGCAUGCCCAUGGAAGAGCUGUCCCUGCAAACCCUCACCAGGAUUAGUCCCCAGGGCCACAGGUUAGGAGAUGCCUGGGAAUACAAUGUCAAGUUUGAGGAACAGCAGGACAACCAAGAGAAAGGUUCUAUUCAAGUAACAGUCACUCAGAGAAAAGUUCCUAGUAAGCUGAGGGGCCAUGAAUGUAAUAAAUUUGGAAGAACCUUCAAUCUUGGGUCAAUCCUUAUUCCACCACAGAAAAUUCCUAUGAAAAAGAGUCUGCGUAAAUAUAAUACAUAUGGAAGAAGCCUCAAACAGUAUUCCAGCCUGAUGAAAUGUAAUAGAAUCUCCUUAGAAUCUUGUAAGGGUAAUGAAUCAGGCAAAGCCUUCUGUUACUAUUCAGACUUUCAUCAAUAUCAUAGAGUACAUAUUGGGAAAAAAGCUUAUAAAUGUAAUGAAAGUGGAAAGGCUUUUAGCCAGAACACACACGUUACUCAGAAUCAGAGGAUCAGUCCUGGACGAAAGUCCCACAAAUGUAAUGAACCAGAUCAGGUCUUCACCCACAACUCAUCCUUCACUAAACAUCUGAAAGUCCAUAUUGGAGACAGACCUUAUAAAUGCAAUGACUGUGGGAAAAUCUUUGGCUAUAUUUCAUCCCUUAUUAAUCAUCAGAGAAUACAUACUGAAGAGAAGCCCUAUGCAUGUAAUUCAUGUGGAAAGUCUUUCAGAGACAGGUCAUACCUUACUCAACACCAGAGAAUUCACACUGGAGAGAAACCCUAUAAGUGUAAUGAAUGUGGAAAAGUUUUUAUCCGAGGUACACAUCUUACUCGACACCAGAGAAUUCACACUGGUGAGAAACCUUAUCAUUGCAAUGAAUGUGGAAAAGCCUUCAAUCAGAGCACACACCUUAUUCAGCAUCAGAGAAUUCAUACUGGGGAGAAACCCUACAAGUGUAACGUAUGUGGAAAAGCCUUUAGCCAGAGCACAUACGUUAUUCAACAUCAGAGACGUCAUACUGGAGAGUACCCCCAUAAGUGUGAUGAAUGUGGAAAAGCUUUCAGCCAAAGGUCAUCACUUAUUGAGCAUCAGAGAAUCCAUACUGGAGAGAAACCGUGUGUAUGUAAUGAAUGUGGCCGAGCUUUUAGAAGUUACCCAUCUCUUACUAAGCAUCAAAGAAUUCAUACUGGAGAGAAGCCCUAUUUAUGUAAUGAAUGUGGGAAAGCCUUCAGCCGCAGUGCGUACCUUACUCAACAUCAAAGAAUUCAUACUGGAGAGAAGCCCUUUAAUUGUAUUGAAUGUGGGAAAAGUUUCAUCCGGAGUGCACACCUUAUUGAACACAAAAGAAUUCAUACUGGAGAGAAGCCCUAUGAAUGCAGUGAAUGUGGAAAAGCCUUCAGCAAUCGCUCUUCUGUUACCAAACAUCAAAAAAUUCACACUCAAGGAAAACGCUAUGAAUGCAGUGAGUGUGGGAACACCUUUAUUAGGAAAUCAUUACUUCUUCAACAUCGGAAAAUCCAUAUUGGAGAGUAAUCGUAAAUAUGACUAUGGGAAAGCUUUAGCCACAGCAACCAUUAACUACAUGUAUUCAUGAGAGAAUUCAUACUGGUGGAAAUCUCUAUCAACGAAAUUAAUAUUGGACAGCCUUCAGAUGCAGAUAUCAUUUGAGACUUCACACUAGAGAAUAAUCGUGGGAUUCGAAAGAUUCAUGAUCUUGUUGAUGUGGGUACUUUUUCUUCCUGAUGUAGAUGAUAACUCUCCCUACGUUAGUAGACAGUUUGUGUGGUGAAGAACCUUGUGUGUAUAGUCAGGAUUUUGUUCAAUCAUUUUCAGUCAUGUCCAGCUUUCAUGACCCCAUUUGGGGUUUUCUGGGCAAAUAGUCAGGAUAUAUGGGUUCAAAUCCAGUUCUGCUAUUUUCUGCUUUCAUGAUCUUCAGCGAAUCUCUUUCCCUCUCUGGAUUUCAGUUUUCCCACAUGACGAGGUCGGACUAGAUGAACUCUAAGGUCCCCUGAAGGUCUAAAUUCUAUGAUCCUAUGAGUUGGUGGGGCCAAAACCAAACCAUUACCUGGUGGCAGCUUUCUGGUGAUGAACCUUCUCGUGCUUAAACAGGCUGGUCCUUGGAUUGCAGACCCAACUUGGAUCACAUGCAUUGGUCCAUACUCAAAGGAAUUCCAACUUAGUGGGACCUACUAAAGCUUGUGUUCCACUGGCAUACCUGUCUAGUAUCACUUCCACAUCAUGCCGAGUCAUCAGAGUAGGAUGUUUACAGAGUGAUGCAGGUAUUAUUAUCCCCAUGUAUUGGGGAGAGUGGGUGGAAGUGAAAUGGUAAUAAUACUCUGGGAGAAACUUGACUCAGUUUUUUUUUUACUUGUAAGAAUAUAUUGUGAGUUGUUGUCAGGUCUCCCUCCAUAAUACCUGAGGCUUCUGUCUCCACACAUAGUCCCACUAUUCUAUUUCAGGCUUAUAUCACCCCUUGCUUGGACUGUCAAUCUGGUCUUCCGAACUCCAGUGUCUUCCUUCUCCCUCUCCAUUCGGUUGUCAAAUCACAUAGUUGCCAAAAUCAUUUUCCCAGAAGCUCAGUAAGCUUCAGUGUCUCCCUAUUAGCCCUGAGACAAAACACAAAUUUGCCCUGCUCUUUAAAGUCCUCCACAAUAUGGUUCAGAUCUACCUUUCUAGCUUUAUAUCAGUGCUUAUUACACUCCUCAUUUCUUUCCUUUACACAGUGCAGGUU